AUGCUAGAAAAAAAAUCUCAGACAAAAGAUAGACCUACUUUAAAAGUGUAAGAAAGAAAUUCAAAAUCAAUUACUAAGUGGAAUCAAUAAGAAAAUUAAAAUAAUUUGAAUUCUCUUCCAACUCUAUAUAAUGUAGAAAUUUAAAAAACUUACCCAAAAUUUUAGUCAAGAUUCAAAUCAGUAAAAGCAAAACUAUAUGGAGAAAGUGAAAAUGAAUCUUAAUAAUAUUAAAUAAGUGAACUAAUACGAUUACAUUCUUAAUUAGAAUCUAUAAAUAAUAAAGAAAAUAAUUAGAAAGCCUUUAAACCACUUUUUGAUUAUUUUGAAUUGAUGAAUUGUUAAAUUGAUUUUUUGAUCUAAAUAAGAAUUGAAAAUAAUUAAUUAAGUGCGUAUAAUGGUUAAUUAUAUUAUCCUUAAAUUGGAAUAGAAUUGGAAAAUACCACUAAAAUUUCAUUAUUAUCAGAAAAAAUGAAGGAUUGUAUUAAUUCUCAAAAAAUAAUUGUAGAGAAACUUGUUUAAGAAAUAAAUCAACUUGAAUCAUAAAAAAAUGAAAUAAAGUAAAAGAUAAUUCCUAUAAAUGAGGAAAUUUUACCACUUCAAAGCUAGUUAAGAAAUGUUGAAAAUUAAAACGGUUUUUUAAAUUAAUAAUAACAUAAAAAGUUCUUUUAAUUGAGUAUACUUUAAGAAUAAUUUAACUGUUUUAAAAGAUGUUCUAAAUAGAUAUGCAUUUUGGUUUAGAAACAAAAAGUGUAUGAUCAGAAUUAUGAACCUUAUUAUUCUAUUAGAAAUUAAAAAUAUUUAGAAAUUAAUACAAAGUUUGAUUAAUAAAUUCUUAUGUCUGAAAAUAAAAAAUCUUAGGCUUUAUAAUAAAAAAAUGGUAAUAGAUUUGAUUAAAUUAUUCAUCGUAAAUAAUUUGUUAAUGAGGAUUUAAAUUAAGAUUUAUUGAGACAUACAAAUGUAUUUUUCCUUUAAAUUCUUUGUAAAUCCAUAAAAAAUUUAUAUAAAUCUUAUCCUUUUAAUAGUAAUGAGAUUUCAGCUAUAUUUGAUACUCAAAGAGUGGCUGAUGAUUAAGUGAUAAAAAUUAAUUAGGCUUUGAAUUAGGAUAAGAAAUGUCCUGAAAACUAAGAUGUAAUUAGAAUAACUUAUUACUAUAGUCUAUUGUAGUGUAUAUUGUUAGAAAACCAAGUGAUUUCUUUUUGUAAUUCGUUAUAAAAGUUAUUGGUUGUUUGAAUACUUUUGAAAAUUAAUUUUGCAACAUGGAAGAUUUAAAUUUAUAAUACAAUAUUAUAAAUAUUAAAGAAGACUAAAUUAGAUAUAUUUUAUAAUGUUCAUUAUAAGAUUAUGAGAGUAAAUUGAAUUAAAUAAUUGUAAUAAGUUGAUUUUAUUAGUUAAAUGCAUCAGAUUGUGAAAUAAUUUAAAUAAAAUUGGAAAUAAGAUUGAAACUUAAAUUAUAAAGAAAUAUUCAUUUUUUGUAUAUAAUUUAAGAUAAGAUUACAAAUUAAGAAGCAUUUUGUAGAUAAUUUAAGGAUUGUUAUAAAAAGAAGAAGGGUUUUAAGGAUUAAAUUGGUUCUGUAUUGGAAUCAAUAAUAAAAGUAUAAAUUUGAUUAAUAAUUUAAGAAUGCUGAUAAAUACUUAAUAAUUACUGAGAUGCCAGAAAUGAUUAAGAUGACAUGUAAUUAACAAAAGAAAUUAACUUAAUUGAAAAACUUAAUUCAUUUUUCUUAAACAAUGGCUACAAAAAGAUAGUGA